AUGGAUCCAAACCGUACGGUUUGUUUGUCGGUACAUCAUUCAAUUUCGUUAUGUAUCAUGUAACAACAUAGAUGCUUUCAGUGUGGAACGCCACGCGCAAUUGCGACCAGCACCAACUAGACAAGGCUUUCCGGACUGUCUUCAUGAAGGCUUACGACCGACUGCACAAGCGAGGUUAUAGGCUAUCAUCCUCACAAUGUCCCGACGGUUAGUGAUGUCUUCAUAACGCUUUAUUCCUUAAUGCGUAUUUCUUUACCACGUGGUAACAGAAUAGUAAUAUUCUGUUGGCACUCAAUGUUUCAAUUGACACCGCAAUUAAUAUCCUCUUCUUUGAUUUCAGACAACGAAAGAAACCAGUCAUUCCAUGGGCCGGCCAGUCCCUCAGCACAGCCCGAGCUCGAGCAAUUGUACAUAUUAGAUCGAUUCUCCUAUUUUUGUACAGCUUCUUCGCCAUUUGUUUUCGCCUUGAUAGAGAAUACUACUUUUAAUAACUCUUCUCAAUAG